AUGUCAUCUUUCAUCUAUAUAAUAAAUUCUUUCUUUCUUUCUUUUUCUUUAUUUCUUUCUUUCUUUCUUUCUUUCUUUCUUUCUCACAUUCCUAUCUAUCUCUCUAUCUAUACAGUGCUGUGCAAGAGUAAUGCCAGAAACUCCUUUAUCUAUAUAACAUUUUCCCUCCUUUUUGCUUUUUUGUCCGUUUGUUUGCCUUUCCUUCUAUCUAUCUAUCUAUCUAUCUAUCUAUCUAUCUAUCUAUCUAUCUAUCUAUCUAUCUAUCUAUCUCUUUUUAUCUUUUCUAUUUUUUCAGUGGCAGGAUCUAUCUAUCUAUCUAUCUAUCUAUCUAUCUAUCUAUCUAUCUAUCUAUCUAUCUCAUUCGACAUCUAUCUAUCUCAUUCUGUUCAUAUCUAUCUAUCUAUCUAUCUAUCUAUCUAUCUAUCUAUCUCAUUUGACAUAUCUAUCUAUCUAUCUAUUUAUCUAUCUAUUUAUCUCAUUCUCUCAUUCGACAUAUCUAUCUAUCUAUCUAUAUAUAUAUAUAUAUAUCUCAUUCGACAUAUCUAUCUAUCUAUCUAUCUCAUUCGACUCAUAUAUAUCUCAUCUACUCAUAUCUAUGUAAUUCGACUGAAAUCUAUCUGUGUAAUUCGACUAAUAUAUAUCUAUCUAUCUAUCUAUCUAUCUAUCUAUCUAUCUAUCUAUCUCAUUCGACAUAUCUAUCUAUCUAUCUAUCUAUCUAUCUCAUUCGACUCAUAUCUAUCUCAUUCGACUCAUAUCUAUGUAAUUCGACUGAAAUCUAUCUAUUAUCUCAUAUCUAUCUAUCUAUUUAUCUAUCUAUCUAUCUCAUUUGACUCAUAUCUAUCUAUCUAUCUAUCUAUCUAUCUAUCUAUCUAUUUAUCUAUCUAUCUCAUUCUGUUCGUAUCUAUCUAUCUAUCUAUCUAUCUAGCUCAUUCGACAUAUCUAUCUAUCUAUCUAUCUAUCUAUCUAUCUAUCUAUCUAUCUAUCUCAUUCGUCAUAUCUAUCUAUCUAUCUAUCUCAUUCGACUCAUAUCUAUCUCAUCUACCCAUAUCUAUGUAA